AUGCCAAUCGAUUACCUUCUAAGUUCUAACCCCUCCCUGGUUGCGGAGACUCAUAUCCCUGAUCAAACUCAAUUGUGCCAAAUUUACCUCAACUCUGAUCUAGAGAGUUGUAGUCGUUGCCUCGGAUCUUCCAAAACCACUGCCAUAUUCCUCAGAGCUUGUGCUUCGAUCUGCAAGCAUGGCGAGAAUCAUCAGCUUUCCCAGGAUUUGACCCCAUCAUCGAAUGGCCAUGAAAGAUUCAUUGAAUCUCGCCGCCGCCCACUUGAAUCGGUGGAGAGAGGAAGAUGCUUGUUGUGGAGCGCGAACCAGAUCCACCGUCCUCGAUCUUCCCGCAGCGCCAUCGCCGUCGUUUUUGAAGGAAAUAGGCGGAUGAUUUUGAGGGUUCUUGAAGGGAUUCCGCGGAGGCGAGUGGAUAUGCAGAGAGACGAGGAAAUUGUUAAGAGAAGAAGAGGAUAG